ACAUGCUGAGCAGAUGAUUUUUGUUUUGGUAAGGGAUUAUCCCACAUUGCAGUUGUAAACAACUGUCUGAUAAGUGUAGAACUGUUAUUAUGGUCAUACUAAGGUAUUAGUCUAUCGAAUUCUUCAAUGUUUAUACAGACUUAAGCAACAGAAGAAUAUUUUGGUUUCACUUUACUUUUUGAUCUCUACGAAACCCUGUUGGAGAUGCAGUACUGGAUUUCGACAAAAAAAAUCGACCUGAAAUUAGUGUGAUAUUAUUGUAAAAUCAAUAAUUUUCAGCAAAGAAGAUCUUUGUUACAUUGUAGUUACAUUUAAUCUCAUUCUUGAGUCUUCACAGGUGAUGUAUACCGUAUAGAUUUGGAUUCCAUACACACUAAUCAUCCCACUCGACUCUCACCUUAGUAUUAUUCUUUUGAUGGCGGUUUCAACCGAUUCGUAAUGUCCUACACUGUAACUUUAAUGGGUGGAUCACCCUUGGGAUUUAGAUUCCAGGGAGGAUGUGAUUUCAACGAACCAAUUAAAAUAGCAAAGAUAAAUCCCAACAGUAAAGCUUACAAGGAAGGUAUAAAAGUAGGGGACUAUAUAGAAAGUAUAAAUGGUCAGAAAACAGAAGGAUUACUCCACAAUGAUGUUCAACAAAUAAUAAAAUGUGCUAACAAAGAACUUACCUUAGAUCUCAGAAGUUGUAAGAGCCCAAUGAUGAAUGGCCAGAUAAACGGUGAUAUCCAUCCUAUAGAGGCACAGAUCAUAUCAGGGAUAUUUCGAGCAACACCUCAUUACAUUCAGCCUCAGCGAAAGACAACUGCAGAUGACUACAAACCCAUAUCUUACCAUGCAGUAUCGACCACUACAAAUAGUUCUUCAUCUCGUCCCCCGUCAUCGGUGAAAGUGAACCCUAGUCCCUACAGAGGAUCUCAUUCUGUACCUUCAAGUCCUCGCUUUCAGUCUAAACUUAAUGUUCCAAUAACCUCACCGAAACCAUUACGACACAGGGAUGCAGCAUGGGAUCGGUCAUCUCCAUCGCCAAGCUUAUGGUCAACUACAUCAUGCUAUACUAGUGAUUCAGCUAAGUCGACUCCACAAACCUCGCCUGCCAUUAGACGUCGUCAGCCACCCAAGCCUUUGCCUAAACCUAUGACAACUGGCAGGUCACGGCGCCAAAUAUUUGAACACAGCUCCAGCCUAGGUUCUUCAGCUAGAAGCUUAGUAUCACCUAAUAGGAGCCUAGGUUCUCCCAGUAGAAGCAUUUCACCAGCUACAUCAGAUCAUUCUUCUAAAGGCAUGCAAAUGUUUUUACGGCAGAUGGAAAAGUUGUCUAGAUAUUCAGAUGAUGAAGACAAAGGUGUGUCAGACAGCACCAGCAGUACGUUGACAGCUCACUCCCUGGCACAGGAAGAUCAUCAGCUACCCAUCAUGAAAGAGGAAGUCGCUGUUGAAGAACAGAUAAUACCGAUUAGUGUUAAAAGGGAAAGGAUGAUUCCUUUGACAAUUCAGACGUCUGCUCCUGAUUCGAGAAAUUUUCCUCAAGAGGAAACAAGAUCUCGGGAUUCAGGAAUAACGAGUCGUGGAUCUUCAUGGCAGAGUGGUAGUUUUAAAGAUGGAAAUUUUAGUCCCGGUUCUUAUUAUACACUCCCAGUUCGAAAGUCAUCUAGUGAAAAAGUUACUGACAAACAAAAUGAGGAUUUUGAUUAUAGUAAAUGUACAACUUUGCCAACUAUCAAACCUCUGAAGACACAGAGGGGCUAUGAAAGUGAUAUGAAUUAUGACGGGAGGGGCAGAGGUGAUAUACGAGUCCGUUCACAAAGAAAACCUAUAGUUGUUCCACAUGACGGAUAUAAUACCGAUGUGGAUUAUAAUGGGAGGGGGAGAGGUGACAUACGUGUCAGCUCACAGAGAAAACCUAUAGUUGUUCCACAGGAUGGAUAUAAUACAGAUGUUGAUUAUAUUGGGAGGGGGAGAGGAGACAUACGAGUCCGCUCACAGAGAAAACCUGUUGUUGUUCCGCAGGAUGGAUAUUCUACUGAUGUGGAUUUUUGUGUCAGAAAUAAUCACCGAAAUAAUCCAGACUAUUCACAAAGUAGGCAAUAUAAUCAGAGGGACUAUAUACAUGACAUGGAUUUAGAUUCUGUCAAACUUCCACAAAAAGCUAAACUUUAUGAUCAGAGGGGAUUCGUGAGUGAGGUUGAUCUUUCGUCUUUGGAUUCACAACCAGAUCUGAAUAGAUUCAGACAAUGGCCUCCACAGCCACAAGCACACCCACAAUAUAAUCCCCCUCAACAAGUGGACUCAAACUUACCGCGGAGACAUUCAGAAACUGUACAGUCUCCUUCUAAAUAUGUGUCACCUUCACAACAGGAGAGACCAAACUAUACAAAAUGGACUCCUAAAUCUUCACCAUCUGCGGUUCGAAGACAAGGAUCUCUCGACUCAUCCUCCUCCUCUCCAAACAGAGGAAGAUAUAUUCCAAUUAAAGUGGUGCACGAAGAAAGUCGACAACAACCAGAUGUUGACCACAGAGUUGGCCAAAAGAAUGAAGAUGAAAGACCUAGUCAUGAAGUGCCACCAGCUAUGAAUGGAACACACAUAUCAACAGAAUAUAGUCCCUCUGCAAAUAUAGAAUCUCAUUAUAAACCUGCAAGUCCACAGAGAACAGUAGUUCAUACAGAAAGCAAACCUGUGAUAUCUAAUGUUGCCCCCGUAUGGAACCCCAAAAAGGGUGCAAUAUUUCAGAAGAAGGAAUAUAAACCUAUCAAGUUAGAUACACUGAGAAAAACUUCAAUGGAAAUCCAGAAACAACAUGUGGAAAAUCAGAAGCAAGAGGAACUCAACAUAAUUCCCCCUCCCCCUGAGGACAGUUACUCCUGUCAACAACCAGAGAAAGAGGAGCUACAUGAAUAUAAAUCUUUCGUUUCCUAUACUCCUCACACUAGUACUUCAGAGACAGCACCUGCCGAGCCCUCUAGGACAGAACGGACUCCCUAUCAGCCCAAAACAGAAUUUGUAGACUAUACCUUUUCUAAUGGCCAGUUUGAUGAUGAACCCAGUAGACUGCCACCAACUCAGAGCCCUUUCGUUACAUUAUUAAGGAAAGGUAGAGAAAAUGGUUUUCCAGUGGAUUUGAAAGAUAUUAAAAAUGUCACCGAACCUCUAGUUAUAGAUACUGAGGGUCAAAUACCUAAGGGAGCACUAUAUAUAGGAGAACAAGCUUUAGUACAGGAUGGACUGAAACAUACAGAUACAUAUUACGCUGUACCUACAACAGAAGAAGAAGAUAUGUCACAACAAAGCCCUACUAGUCCUUCAGAGAAGAAACCUUUGAAAUAUGAUGGCAUCGGUCCUACGGACGAUGGAGGCAUGCCAUUGUCAUUUAGAAUGAAUGUAGAUGAGAAGAAUCAACACCAGUGGUAUAAACAGAUGUACAAAAGUCUUCAUACGUCAAAGAAGAAGGAAGGAGAAACUAGUGAAGUAACAGAAACUGAGAAGGAGGUAGAAGAUGUAACGGUUAUCAUGGAUUGUCUAUACAAACAAGCAGUGAGUGAACUGUUCGAAUCCAACUCCUACAGACCUACGUAUGAAUUCCCAGAGGUCAAGACAGAACCAAAGCCAAAAGAAGAUACCAAGAAACCUGUAGUUGAGGAAACAGUUACCAAAGAAAAUCCUUACAAACCUGCAUAUGAACUUCCUUCUACACACAGAGAAGACUCAUCUAAAUUUCGAGUUAAUGAAAAGAACAAACAGAAUGGAAGAUUAUCAUCUUCUCAAACAGAAAAAAUAACCAAAUCUGAUUUUAACCAAAGAAAAGAACAGUUCACAGGAAAGAAAGAUGUAGAUGCAGGGUAUAGAUCAGAACCAGAUAACUCAUCUAAAACUAAAUCCAGAUCCAAGAGUUUAUCAGAUUUUAAAGCAGAUUUCAAAUCGUCUACAAAACCAAAGACUUUAGAUACUGAAAUUUCGGAAGAGGUGCAAGACUUCUUGAAUUACCUAGAUGAAUGGAAUCCACCCAACGCAAGGUCAACGGUAGAGAAAUAUCGAUGUCAGCCAAGAAGUAUAGUAGAUUAUGAACCAGGAUUCUCAUCUAUAGCAUUUCAAGAGGCAAAAACUGGACCAGGUAGAUAUCGUUCAUAUUCGGCCACUUCUCCAACGGAGAGAAAAAAGAAAACAGAUAGCACGAAGGGUGCUGCACAUAAUCCACCCAUAGAUAAACCAGGACAGUUCAGUAGAUAUACUGAAGGUGCCCACACAAGAUUAGCAUCCGGAGCUGGUGAUAACUCAGAUGAAGCCGCCAACCAAGCAGACUUAUAUAAACUUGUACAACAAGGUGGGGACAUACCAAUACGAGGACUACAAAAGCCUGGACCAGACAAAUCAGGAAAAAAAGUACAACAGCAACAACAACAAAGUCCUUUGUCUCCACUUCCUCCUAAAGUACCGCCUCCUCCAAAGCUGUCACCACGGCAACCACCAAUCAUAAAGUCCAGUACGUCAUACAAUCAGCUUUACUCAAAGUUUGAAUCAGGUCAGCAAGGGAAUUCAUAUACCAAUAGAUUUGGGAAUGAUCCACCUGCCCCGCCUGUAAGGAGUGGGAACUUCCACGAACCACCAAAUCCACCUGUUAGAAAGUUAAAGUCAGCACCAGUUUCAAAGCUGCGGAUUCGAAGUAAUUUGUCCGCAGCAGAGCAACUGGGAAUAAAAAGUUCAAGUCCAAAGCUAAAUGGAGUUGAUUUUGACGAGGAUGCAUUCAAGUUCCAGACAUCAGAUGUACGGAGAAGUCCAACAGAGAGAGUACAGCGCCGAAGAGAAGAUGAAGAAGAAUACAGAAGGAAAAGAUUGGAACAAAUAUAUGAAGAAGAAAGAAGAAGAAAAAUUGAGCUAGAAAAGGCUGAUAUUGAAGCACGCAAACAUUCAGACUUUUUUACUCAAGAAAUAUAUAUGGAUGCCGCCCAGAAAUCUCCAAUCCCAGCUGAUCGCUUUGAAGAACCUAUUAGUGGAUACAAUACAGUACCAGCUGAUAGACGCAGAGGCUUUAAAAUCCAUGGCAAAGCUAAAGCUGUAUAUAAUUUUAAUGCUCAAAAUCCUAGAGAAUUGUCGUUUAGGAAAGGUGAUAUUAUAUAUCUACUGAGACAGAUAGACAAGAAUUGGUUUGAAGGAGAAAGAUAUGGACGAUCUGGAUUAUUUCCUGUUAAUUAUGUAGAGGUGUUAACAUCAAUAGAGGAAGCCCACACUGCUGCCCAGCAGGCAGAGGGCCAGGCCAGAGUCAGAUAUAACUUUACUGCCCAGACAGGAGUGGAAUUAACAUUACGCAAGGGUGAUGUAGUAACAUUAUUACGAUCAGUAGAUGAAAAUUGGUAUGAAGGUCGAGUAGGAAACAAACAGGGCAUAUUCCCCAGAUCUUAUGUAGAAGUGAUAUUUGAUCCAUCGACACCAUUAGUGACACCAGCGCCAUCUGUCAUCACUACACCAAUGACAGGUAGAGGUACUCCUGAAAUGUUAUCACCAUCGGGUUAUGAUGCACCAACUCCUCCUCCACAACCGUCUCCACGAGCAUUCUCACCCAGAUCGUCAGCUUUUCAACAUCAUCAACAACGUCAGUUUAGUCCACAGCAACAGGGCAUAAGUCCUCAUCAACAGACAUUAAGCCCACAACAACAGGGCAUUAGUCCUCAUCAACAGACAUUUAGCCCACAACAGCAAGGGCUUAGUCCUCAUCAACAGACAUUUAGUGCACAGCAACAAGGAUUAAGUUCUCAUCAGCAAGCAUUCAGUCCACAUAGAUCAAAUUAUACCUCACCACGUUAUGAUGGCCCACAACAACGAAUGGAUGAAGGCCCGGUUCGAUUAAAUGGAUACUCACAGUAUAACGGAGAUUAUAACGUUUCACCGCAACAUCAAGGACAGCAACAAGGUCGACCACGACAAAGUCCAACGAUAGGGAGGAAACAGUUUGUGUCUAAUGGGCCAACAUACCCACCUAGUGCCAAUAUAAACUAUAAUGUAGAAACAAACAAUAAUGAAAUUAGAAAUAAAGUGCCAGAUGAUGAUUUAGCGUUGUGUAGAUAUAGGGCAGUUUUUGCAUAUAGGCCACAAAAUGAUGAUGAAUUAGAACUUUUAGAAGGAGAUGAAGUUUAUGUGAUGGAGAGAUGUGACGAUGGUUGGUAUGUGGGGACAUCAAACAGGACUGCUAUGUUUGGUACCUUUCCAGGGAAUUAUGUACAAUUAAUUCAAUGACGAAUCAGAAUCUACUGUAGACCUGGUUAUAGAAGUGAAUAAAGACUCCGCAAUCACAGGAGUAUAAAAUGUAACAAGUCCCAAGUAUCACGCCAAAAUGUUAGCCACAGUGACAAAGGACACUUUACCAUGGCUGCUAGAGAUUGCAUCAUCAUCUAUUUAUAGCCACACAAAUAAAUGCAUUUAGGUAGACAAAAGCUGCAUGUUACAAAUAAUGUGUUCAUCAACUUGUACAAAUUUUCAUUUAUCAGCAGACUUAGUAGAAGAACAAAUUGGACGCAAGGUUUUUUUAAAUUUAAAUUAUUUACAUUAUAACAAGGGUUUGUUUGUUUGUUUAUGUCUUAAUUUUUUAACAUUUCAUCAUGUUACAAAUAUCAUUAGCUAUUUAUGGAUCAAUUAAAUGUGUUUAUGUUUGUUGUUUGGGUUGAAAACCCAAAUUUCCUGAGAAGGAUGCUGUUAAUGUUGAAAAUUUGACAAUCUGAAAAUUUCUAACCAAAAAAUAGGGAUUCAGAAAGUGAUUAAAGAGAAAAAAAGGGGAGAUAAAAAUAAAUAAAUACAAAGCAUAUUUAAACUAGACUUUAAUCAACAUGGUUUGACACCAUCAGUUCAACUGAAUUUUCAAUAAUUGAUUGUUUAAAAUAAAUAUAGCAAUGCUGUAAUUUUUAACCAUAACCACUUCUUUGAUGGAAAUUUGGGACUUCAGUUCCCUUUUAAUGUUGUACUUUUCGAAAUUAUUACAUGUACAACAAUGGUAAAGGGGUUCUUGUGUGUAUGUCGUACAAUUGAAACAUUUAGACAUCCAUUAAAGGACUCUGUCGCUAGUAUGUUGUACAUUUCUGCAGGGAGAAACAUGUCCAUGUCUUUUCAUUAAAUUUCGUAAAGUUUAAUUAGGGAAUGUUUUAUUAGAUAUAUAAUUUUUUUUGUAUUUAUUGUUGAUUGAAAUUUUAUUGGAAUCACGAGUUUUCGUAUCUAAUUUAACCUUUUUCCUCCCUAGAUAUAUCAUAGUUUAAAAAAUAAUAAUAUUUUUCUAUAAAACUUUUUUUAAGUCAGGGUAAAAGUAAACAAUACAGAUAUUUUAACCUUUUUACCCCAUGGGUAGAUUUGUUUUCAGCUUUUGAGGCCAUAAUAAUAUUAUUCCAACUGACUUGUCCCUGCUUGUUCCAGUUUCUUUGGUAGUUUUACUAAAAGCCACACAGCAGACAAAGUGUUCAUCUUACGCCUUCAAACCAGUCAUUUUUAAACCGAAAUGGAACAAACCUGAAUACAAAAAUUCCCUGAUGACUUUAUUUUCUCAAAAGGUUGUAAUGAGAACCUAGCAAUAUCUUUAUAAGGGCCUAAUCUAAAUAUUGAGAUUUUUAAUUGAUCAAAAGAGGACAAUUAUCUCAUUUACAUUUUGUAUAUCCCUUAAUUUGAAUUGUAAGAAUCAUGAAGGUUGAUUUGAUACUGUAUGUUUUAAAACAGUCCAAAUCUGAUUUGUUAACAACUGUCUACCUGAAAUUUUCUGAUUCAUAGAUCUUGUUACAUAUUUCUCCUCAGUUUUUAUAAUAGAUUACCAAUUUAGUAUGAAUUUUCAGUCUUUGAUUUACAUAUUUAAUAAUGUUAGUUGUGACUUUUUUAAUAGAAAAACAAAUUAUUGUACACAUAGAUUUUAGGUUCUCAAAUCUAAUACCGGUGAAAUUUUCCCCUCCAAAAGGUUUUGGGCCAACUAUUUAAAAUGCAAAUGUAACAAAUGUAUUUAAUCUAGUGAAUAUUGUAUUUGAUUAAUCUGGAAAAUUAAACAUAGAAAUACCAACCAAGAUGACAGGAAAAGAAGUAUUAUAACUAAGAUUUUACUAACGUUUCUUUUGCUCGUGUCUUAUGUAUGUACAUUAAACUUUAAAAACCUUAUUUGGCCGCUUCUAUAUAGCUAAUAGUGCUGAAAGUGGCAUUAAACACCAACAAUCAAUCAAUCAUUUUACCAAAAGAAAAACCAAUGAAUUAUACCAAUGAAGUCACAUAUACCAAAGUUGUGUCUGGUAUUUUGGGGUUAAGUUAUUGAUUUAGAAUAUCGUAAAAACUUAAGUAUGCAUGCUUUAAAAGUAAUUGACAUGCUCUACUUGUCCUUAAAUUCAAUGUCUUGUUGUAUCAGGAUAAUAUCCUACAACAGAUUGUUUGAUUUUUAAAUGUAAAGUGGUCAAUUUAUAACUCGAAAUUGAUUACUUUCAAAACUUUGUACUAACUUACGUUAAAGUUUGUGUAUAUUAUGUACAUAACUUUAAAACAUGUACAUAUUCCUACCCUAUAUAUAUGUCCCUUUAAUCCUGAUGUGAUAUUUAUUUGAUGUAUAAAAGGUAUAGAUUUUAUAAUUCUACAAAUAAAGUUCAGACGUUUAUGUAUGUCAGGUACAUAUAUAUGCAAUGGUUAUUUAUAAUGUAUCCUAGUUUCAGUGUUGUUUCUAUUUAUAAACGUGUCAUUUUAAUGGAGCUUUUUUUUUUGUUUCUUGUUAAAAUUUGAAUGAAGUCAUGUCUGCCUGAUAGUGCCUUUCUUUUUGUAGAAGAGUUAGGUUAUGAAUUAUGUAUUUAGUUCACUUAUUUCUGUCAACUGACUAAGGUAUGAUUUGAGAAAUAAAACAGUAAACUAUGGAAGAAAGUACACUUAGAAAAUGUACCAGCUCAAAUUUUUCUAUGGUGCAAGUAUAAACUGAUUUUCUGAUUUUUUCAAGUUUUAAACUAAUUUAGAAAAUUCUUUGUUUUCAGUAAAAUAAGGUUAAACUUUGUGCCAUAAUAACUCUGUCUCCAACACAUUACUUUGGAUUUCAACUACAACAUGAAAUAUCAUUUAAUCUGAUGGUUUGUUUCUAGUCACUUUCAAAUGUCAAUCAAUUCAUACAAAUCUCAGUUAUGUACAGAAAUGAAAUUCAUUACAAAAACAUGCUAAAAAUAAUCAGCACUAUCAAAUCUUUCAAUUCUUCAGCAAUACAAAUUUUAAAGUGGAAUGAUUGAAAUUUUUUUUCGAUAUAACUAUUCAAUAUGUCAGGGUUUUUUUUUUAUUGCCAAUAAGUUUGUAUGAAAUCUGUCCUAUAAUUUUGAUAACUAUUAUUGUAGAAAGAGAGUAAUUGAUAUUAUGCUCACAUGAUCUAUGGUUGUUUUUUUUUUUUUUUAGAAGGUUGUGUUAAAUUUGUCUGACUUUUUUGUUGUUACUUUUUAAGUUUCUUUCUGUGCGAGGUUGUGUAAAACAAUGAUCUAGAUAACGACCUUUUAUGUAGUUAAUUUUAUCAGAUAUUCCCUCUUUUCACUUUUUUCAUUUGUUUUGUUUCUGCCAUAGAUUCAUUGGUGCAUGAAAUAAAAAUAAAUGCCUGUGUUA